UGGGGAGUGCUGUAAUUUAGGUCUUUAGAAAAUCUAACAAUAUAUAAGAAUUUCAUGUCCCAUUGAGAAGAGAAAGUACAGAGGGCAGUUAUCACAUAUUAGAUGGUAUUGCUCAGGGGGCAGAGUUUAUCACAUAUUAGAUGGUAUUGCUCAGGGGGCAGAGUUUAUCACAUAUUAGUGGCGGUGAGGUAAUACCAUCUAUCAUCUAGUUGGCGGUGAGGUAAUACCAUCUAUCAUCUAGUUGGCGGUGAGGUAAUACCAUCUAUCAUUUAGUUGGCGGUGAGGUAAUACCAUCUAUCAUCUAGUUGGCGGUGAGGUAAUACCAUCUAUCAUCUAGUUGGCGGUGAGGUAAUACCAUCUAUCAUCUAGUUGGCGGUGAGGUAAUACCAUCUAUCAUCUAGUUGGCGGUGAGGUAAUACCAUCUAUCAUCUAGUUGGCGGUGAGGUAAUACCAUCUAUCAUCUAGUUGGCGGUGAGGUAAUACCAUCUAUCAUCUAGUUGGCGGUGAGGUAAUACCAUCUAUCAUCUAGUUGGCGGUGAGGUAAUAUCAUCUAGUUGGCGGUGAGGCAAUACCAUCUAUCAUCUAGUACAGAGGGCAGGUAUCGUUGUGAUGGGGAUAAGUACUAGGUAUCGUUGUGAUGGGGAUAAGUACUAGGUAUCGUUGUGAUGGGGAUAAGUACUAGGUAUCAUGGUGAUGGGGAUAAGUACUAGGUAUCGUGGUGAUGGGGAAAAGUACUAGGUAUCGUUGUGAUGGGGAAAAGUACUAGGUAUCGUUGUGAUGGGGAAAAGUACUAAGUAUCGUGGUGAUGAUGGUAAGUACCAGGUAUCAUUGGUAUAGUGAUAUGUACUAGGUGUCAUGGUGAUGGGGAUAUGUACUGGGUAUUGAUGUGUAUUAUUCUAGAGAGUCUCUGGUCAGAGGUAGAGGCCACUCGUUUUGACACCUAGGGAGCCCCUGGUCAGAGGUAGAGGCCACUCGUUUUGACACCUAGGGAGCCCCUGGUCAGAGGUAGAGUCCACUCGUUUUGACACCUAGAGAGCCUCUGACCAGAGGUAGAGGCCACUCGUUUUGACAGGAGCCACGUAGAGAACCUCUAUAUCGGACAGCGUGUCAUUUGAAAUGAAAACGUAGAUCUAACGACAACCGGGGUUUGGCAAGGGAUACGUGUUUUCAUUUAGACCGUGACGAACCUAACCGCGGAAAUUCUAGUAAAGAGAUGUAUUUGCACACACACUUCAUGCAUACAACACCAGAAGACAGUACACUGUACACAGCACACUACACAGUACACUGUACACAGUACACUGUACACAGCACACUACACAGUACACUACACAGCACACUACACAGUACACUACACAGUACACUGUACACAGCACACUACACAGCACACUACACAGUACACUGUACACAGCACAGUACACUGUACACAGUACACUACACAGUACACUACACAGUACACUGUACACAGUACACUGUACACAGUACACUACACAGUACACUACACAGUACACUACACAGUACACUGUACACUACACACUACACAGUACACUACACAGUACACUGUACACUACACACUACACUACACAGUACAGUACACAGUACACUACACAGUACACUGUACACAGCACACUACACAGUACACUACACAGUACACACUACACAGUACACUACACAGUACACUACACAGUACACUGUACACAGCACACUACACAGUACACUGUACACAGCACACUACACAGUACACUGUACAGUACACUACACAGUACACUACACAGUACACUGUACACAGCACACUACACAGUACACUGUACAGUACACUGUACACAGUACACUACACACUACACUACACAGUACAGUACACAGUACACUACACAGUACACAGCACACUACACAGUACACACUACACAGUACACUACACACUACACUACACAGUACACAGUACACUACACAGUACACUACACAGUACACUGUACACAGCACACUACACUGUACAGUACACUGUACACAGUACACUACACAGUACACUGUACACAGUACACUACACAGUACACUGUACACAGUACACUACACAGUACACUGUACACUACACAGUACACUGUACACAGUACACUACACUGUAUACUGCACAGUACACUACACAGUACACUACACACUACACAGUACACUGUACACAGUACACUACAUAGUACACUGUACACAGUACACUACACAGUACACUGUACACAGUACACUACACAGUACACUACACUGUACACUGUACACUGCACAGUACACUACACAGUACACUACACAGUACACUACACAGCACACUACACAGCACACUGUACACAGCACACUACACAGUACACUGUACACUGUACACAGCACACUACACAGUACACUGUACACUACACACUACACAGCACACUGUACACAGUACACUACACAGUACACUACACUGUACACAGCACACUACACUGUACACUGUACACUGUACACUACACAGCACACACACAGUACACUACACAGUACACACUACACUGUACACAGUACACUGUACACUACACUGUACACAGUACACUACACAGCACACUACACAGCACACUACACUGUACACACUACACUGUACACACUACACUGUACACAGCACACUACACAGUACACUGUACACAGUACACUGUACACAGCACACUACACAGUACACACUACACAGUACACACUACACAGUACACACUACACAGUACACUACACAGUACACACUACACAGUACACUACACAGCACACUACACAGUACACUGUACACAGUACACUGUACACAGCACACUACACAGUACACUGUACACAGUACACUGUACACAGCACACUACACAGUACACUGUACACAGUACACUGUACACAGCACACUACACAGUACACUGUACACAGCACACUACACAGUACACUGUACACAGCACACUACACAGUACACUGUACACAGCACACUACACACUACACUACACUACACACUACACUGUACACUGUACACACGGACGAGUGUUUCACAACAAGGAAAAUCCACUUCCAUAAUCCAGUUUAUCUUUUUGAAUGAACUUGGGUUUUCUCUUUCUGUGUUCUAUUUCUACAGGUUUGGGUUUCCGAUGCACUAUGUUCAUUCAAUGUUUUUUAUUGCAUCGUUUUGCCACUUCCUGUUAGGCACUUUUUUGAAGUUAUGUACUUCGAAAAACAUGUUUUAAUUCAAUAAUGCACCCACCCACAGUGCAUUGCUCCUAUUGAAAAGCUUAGAUUAAUACUGGAGGUGGAAGGUAUGACACAAAGGAUUAUUAAAGUGAAACAAUCAAAUUCA